AUCAGCUGGGCAUGGCAAAGCGGCGGCAACCCCACCACACCAUUGCACUAGACAGAUAAAUAUUCCCGGCUCUUGUCUUCUCCUGCUCCUCCCCUGAUUCCUUCAAAUCCACCAGACCACCACCAUUGGCUACUUCCAUACAAAGCUCAGCCCGGUGCUCUUCAAUCUAUCUACUUGUAGAGAAUCCGCACUCGGAUCCGAGUCUCUGCUCAUUGGAGGCAGCAGAGCUAGACGAGCAAGUCAUGGAAGCAGUGACGGCGCCAGGAAAGCGUAUUAUAAUGAUGUGCAUGGCGGUAGCGGCGCUGCUGGUCUCUUUGGGUGUCCGUGCCGGCGAGGCGGCACCGACGGCCGGGGCACCGGCGCAGGAGCUAGGGCGAGGCUUCUCGGCCGUCCACGACACGUCCUACCCGCAGUUCCAGCCGGUGCUCUCCGACCCCACCGGCGUCUUCGCCCUGGGCUUCCUCCGCGUCAACUCCAGCCUGCUCGACAUCGCCGUCCUCCACCUCCCUUCCGCUUUCCCCCUCUGGCGGGCCAUCCCAGACCGCCCCGCGCCGUGGUCCGCUGCGGCGUCCCUCUCCUUCAACGGCAGUCUCGUGCUCACGGACGGCGCCACCAACCAGGUGCUCUGGUCCACCCCGGCUGCGGCGGCCGGCGACCGCGCCGUUCUCCUCAACACCUCAAACCUUCAAAUCCAAAGCAGCAGCUCGCCAGGUGCUGCUUGGCAAAGCUUCGACUACCCUUCGGACACAAUCGUCCAGGACCAGAACCUCACCUCAUCGGCGGCGCUUUACACCGUCGACCGGCGCUUCGCCAUGCGACUGGGGAGCCACUACUUCGGUCUGUACAUCGAGCCGCCGCCGUCGACAUCGCGCGGCGUCGCCCCCGCCAUGUACUUGAAGCACACGGCGCUGGAGGCAAAGGCCCAGAUCGAGAUCGGACCCAACGGCGCCCCGAUAUACGCGCGCGUGGAGGUCGACGGCUUCCUCGGCAUGUACCAGAAGGAAGGGCCCCCCGCCGACGUCAUGUCCUUCGACACCUUCAACCACGGCAUCAAGGCCUUCCGCCGCAUGACUCUCGAGCCCGACGGCAACCUCCGCGCCUACUACUGGGACGGAUCCGGGUCCCGAUGGGCCCUCGACUACACCGCCAUCACAGACUCCUGUGAACUGCCCACCACCUGCGGCGCCUACAGCGUCUGCGUCCCGCCCAGCGGCCGGUGCGCUUGCCUGGCCAACGCGACCGACGGCUCGGGAAGCUGCGCCGCCGCCGAAACAGGGAGCAGCGGCCUGUGCGGCACAACGGGCGGUGAGGUCGGCGGCUUGUACUGGACGGUGCGGAAACAGGGCGUGGAGCCGGUGAACAAGGAACUGCUGGGAUUCGAGCACGCGCCGUCGGCGGAAGACUGCGAGGCGCGGUGCGCGCGCAACUGCAGCUGCUGGGGCGCCGUGUACAGCAACGGGACGGGGUACUGCUACCUCAUGGACUACCCGGCGCAGCUGAUGGUGGCGGCCGACGAGAGGAGGGUGGGCUACUUCAAGGUGAGGAGCUUGGAGGAGGAAAAGGCUUCGACCGGCGGGAGGGCGGCGGCCGGCGUCAAGGCGGCGCUGCUUGCGGUCGGCGUCGCGCUGGUGGUUGCCGCGGCGGCGUUCGGGGCGUACAGGGUGUGGGACAGGAGGCGCCGUACGGAAGCGGAAACGAUGCGGCAGAUGGGCACCGACGGCGAUGGGCUCUCGCCGGGGCCGUACAAGAACCUGGGCUCCUUUAGCUCCGUCGAGCUCUCCAGCAGCUUCAACUCCUUCCGAAGGUAGCCAAGUGGAGAUCUGUGACGCCUCAGAGAUCCGGACUUCCGCAGUAUUCCAACAGAACAGAUCGGUUGAGAUCGCCGUGGACGCAGAAGGCGCACGGGCACAGCAAGGGAAGGCGCGACGGCGGCCGCUGAUCGGAGAGGAGAGGCCAGACCGAGACGAUCGGUCGGUGGUAUUUGGGCUGCAUCUUGCGGCAACAAACGUGAGGAAGCUGUUUGGGGCCUUUUGGGCAGGGCAGUGUGAUUUGGCCCGUUCUGAUCUUUUGGUAGCCUAGUGGCCUGUGAUACAGGAGGAUUCCAAACGGAAGGACGCAUCCACAUUCAAUUUCACAAUUCCGCUUGGUGCAGGCUUUCCAUCCGCCAGUUUUUAGAAGAUGCCCCAUUCAGUUUGUACUUUGAUAAAACGUCCAACUGCAGAUUAUACUUUGCCGGAAACAGGGUACUUGAUCAAGUUCGCUAGGACCUCGUUUGGAUGUUGACAUUGACAGCCAUGGAAUUUAAUUUGUUUCAAAAUCAAAUCAGCUUAGCAUUGCUAUGGAGAGUGAACCUGAAUUUUUGUGUUUCGAUGUUCAAUUAUUUGGGGCUUGCAAUUCAGAAGGAGAGACUGAUUCUAAUGUCUGUUUGAAUGGACGAUGCAAUUCAGAAGGAGAGACUGAUUCUAAUGUCUGUUUGAAUGGACGAACGUGGAAUCGCCCAAAUAGAAGAGCAUGGACAAUGGAAGGGUGCCGAGGAGGAGGUCAUCACAAAGGGGCCGUGCAAGAGGGAAAGGGAAGAGGAGGUCAUCAAGGAGAGGGUGUUGUUGGGGAAGAAGGGUGGGGCAAGGGUUGCUAGGAAUGCAGGAGAGAUGAGAGAAGGAGAGAGCGCUAGCCUGCCCGCCGUCGAGGUGCGAGUCACGACACCGCUUCUCGUCGUUGUCUCCGCUUCUAUCAUUUUUUCUUAUUUUUCUUUACCGGGUAAGUGAUGGUGCGGGACGCCGAAUUCCGUGAAGCAUUCGAUGUUGAGCUUCAA